AUGUUAGAUGGAGAGGAAUACUCUUCCUCGGCAGCUGUUACAGCAGAGUGUUUCAGCAGCCUGAGCACCCUGUUAAAGAAGAAGAAUAAGGGAAUGAACAAAAAGAGGUUCAGUGAUGAACAAAUCAGAUCAUUAGAAACCAUGUUCGAGUACGAGUCCAAGCUUGAACCACGUCAAAAGCUGCAGCUGGCCAGAGAACUUGGAUUACAACCACGCCAAGUUGCAAUAUGGUUUCAGAAUAAGAGAGCUCGAUGGAAGUCAAAGCAGCUCGAGAGGGACUACGCCAUAUUACUAUCCAAUUACAACACUCUAGCCUCCCAGUUCGAAACCUUGAAGAAAGAGAAGCAGUCCUUACUUACACAGUUGCAGAAGCUGAAUGAUCUGGUAGGGAAAUCGCGGGAGGAGAGCCAGUGUUGCAGGGAAGCAUUAGCCAGCAUUGAUCAUGGAAAAAUAGAGAAGGGGCAUAGUACUGUCAAGUGUGAAUUUGAGGUGAAACCACCCAGUUUGUGUUUGUCCUUUGACAGAUCACAACAUGACGGAGUUGGUCUCUUUUGCGGGGAUGAUAGCAGCAUAAAGGCCGAGUACCUCGUGCAGCUGGAUGAAGAAUCUGAUGACCUUCUAAACAUGGCCGAUGGUUCUCCUGAAAAUUGGGGCAGUCUUGACUCCAAUGAUCUCUUAGACCAGUCAGCUAGUAGUAAUCAUGAGUGGUUUGAUUUCUGGUGUUGA